AUGGCCCCUUCUGCAAUUGACACGCCUACGCAAGUGCUAGGCGAGCUCCCCACACGCCAGGAAAAGGUCUACCCUCCUGCGCGGAUAUUCCCAGUCAAGGAGCUACGCUUCGAGAAGCAUAUUUCUCCCCAAACCGAUGGCAGAGAGAAGGCGCUGGCGCAACCACAAGGUAGCGCUGCCAUAGUCAUCGACAAUGGCUCUUCUGCCGUCAGAGCAGGCUGGUCCUUUGAAUCAGAACCUCGAUUCAACAUACCACCCAUCAUGGCCAAGUACAGAGACCGCAAACUAGGCAAGACAUAUUCCUUUGCCGGUACUGACUGCUACGCCGAUACGACCGCACGCGGACACAUCAGAAACGCAUUCGAGGCCGGGUCAGGCAUCGUCAGCAACUGGGAUGUCAUGGAACAUGUGCUCGACUGGACCUUUCUGAAGCUGGGCCUGAACGACAAUGAAGGCUCCAUAGACAUGCCUAUUGUCAUGACUGAAGCAGUGGCAAACUUGCCCUAUUCCAGGAAAUCCAUGAACGAGAUCAUAUUUGAAUGCUAUGGCGCGCCUUCUCUAGCCACUGGAAUCGACUCUCUCUUCUCUUAUCGCUAUAACAAGGGCCAGACCGGCUUGGUUGUGUCCUCUUCUUAUAGCUCGACACACGUGAUACCCGUCUACAACUCCAAAGCAAUGCUAGCACAAGCAAUAAGGUUGAAUUGGGGUGGCUGGCACGCUGCGGAAUACCUCUUGAAACUCAUACGUCUAAAAUACCCUGCUUUUCCGGGGAAACUCAAUGCCUCACAAGCUGAAAACAUGCUGCGCGACCAUUGCUACGUCUCCAAGGACUACGACAACGAAGUACGAUCGUAUCUCGACUGGACCGGACUCGAGGAUAGAGAUGCAGUCAUUCAAUAUCCUUUCACCGAAGAAGUUAUUGUACAAAAGAGCGAGGAAGAGCUUGCACGCAUUGCAGAGCGCAAAAAGGAGAGCGGACGACGACUUCAAGAACAGGCACAGAAAAUGCGCCUCGAGCGCCUUAUGCGGAAAGAGCAAGAACUCGAGUAUUACAAGCAGCUGCAGGACAAGAUUGCAAAUGCCAAUAAGAAAGAUACGAAGCGACUCCUUGACGGCGACGAGUUGAAAGACGAGGCCCAUCUUGAGCGCAUGAUAAAGGAACUGGAAAAGUCGGUCAAAAAGGCACGCAACAAGGAUCUGGGUAUCGAUGUAGAAGAGGAGCAGGAAGCUCCUGAUUUCAGCCUCUUGGAGGUUCCCGACGAGGAGCUUGACGAGGCUGGAUUGAAAGCCAAAAAGCAGCAACGCUUGAUGAAGUCCAACCACGAAGCCCGAGCUCGUGCCAAGGCCGAGAAGGAAGCCGAAAAAGCUCGCAUCGCCGCCGUAGAACAAGCCGAUAAAGACCGCCGCGACAACGAUCUUGAAGGUUGGCUAGAGGAGAGGCGGGUGGCUCGUGCCGAUGUCUUGCAGCGCAUGAAGGAGCGCGACCGCCUCAAGGCUGACCUGGGCAACCGAAAAUCGCUCGCGUCGCAGAUUCGGAUGAAGUCUAUUGCAAAUCUUGCCUCUGAUGGUCCUCGGGCUAAGCGGCGUAGGGGUGGCGAUGAUGACAACUUUGGUGCCAACGACGAUGACUGGGGUGUCUAUCGGGAUAUUGCGGUUGGACAAGAUGCUAGCGACGAUGAGGAGGGCGAGGAAGAUCUCGAGAGCAACCUCAAAUCUCUCGAAGAUGACCUGCUCCGCUUUGAUGUCAACUUCUCGCACGACGACACGUAUGAGGCACAAAAUGACUGGAGCAGAUCGCUUCUGCACGCCUUUACACGGGGGCCCCGUCCUUUCAUGGGUUCUCAGGCCGAAAUCAAUCAGAUUCACCUAAACGUCGAACGCAUCAGGGUACCAGAAGUCAUUUUCCAGCCCUCAAUCGCUGGCGUAGACCAGGCGGGCCUCAUAGAGAUUGCCGGCGACAUUCUAAACCAGCGCCUCGUCCACAUCCCAACAAUCAACCGCGACGAUUUCUUACGUGAUGUAUUCCUCACUGGCGGUAACACACUAUUCGAAAACUUUGACUACAGAUUGCAGCAAGGCCUAACGGCGCUCCUUCCUGCAGACAGCCCACUCACCCUCCGACGAGCAAAGGACCCUGUACUGGACGCAUGGAAGGGAGCUGCGGAAUGGGUGGGAUCGAGCGGUUACAAGUCAGCCGUGGUCACAAAGGCUGAAUGGCAAGAAAAGGGAGCAGACUACUUGAAGGUAAGUGCCGUCUGA